AUGUGGACAUGUCCAAAGAAGGGGUUGACGAUGUGAAGACCGAGGAUGAUAAAUGUCCCGUUGUUACUGUGGACUCAAACAGUGAAGAAGAUCCUGACUGCUAUAUAACUGGAGUGGAGAUGAAGAACAACAAAGUCAGAUUAAUCUCGUGAGACACUGCUUUGAUCAUAUUAAUUUUCUAUUCAAAUUGUCUAUCUAAGGGAAAUCAAAUAGGUAAGCCUAGGAGUUAAAGUCCUCUGUGAAUUGGCCAUAACCUGUCAGCAUUAUCUACUACUUUUCCUAUUUAGGAGUCCUCUGCUACACUAAGGGGUGUUGCCCAGGUGCCAAACUAUAGUGCUAAAUUUACUGGAAUGAAUCUGAAAUAACUUGUUUCUAUAUCAGCUCCUUGAAUCCUGUAGGAAUGUGAAUUGGUCAUUUCUGUUUCCCACACGAAGACAAAAUAAUGCUGUCAAGUGGGAAAAAGUUUUUCUGGCUACUUCUGAUUUAUAUCUGUUGAUUAUUUUUGCAGCAUGCAAGCCACCAAGCCUGACACCAAUGUGUGAAGUCAGCAGUUGCAAUCAGCUGAAAUUCUAGAUCUGAAUAAUGCAUUGUAUAAAGCUAUCUAUUGGAAAUGAUCGGUUUUGUUAUUUAUAUUUUUGAAGUUAGGUCUGUUGAGGUAUGAUUUACAUACAGAAAAACUCACCCUUUUUAGGUAUAUAUAUAGUUUGAUGAGUUGACAAACGUAUAUGGUAUGUAUAUGGACUAGGUACUGUAAACCAUCACCACAAAGAUGCAGAAUUUCCAUCAUUGCCAUUUACAUUUUGAAUGGUAUGUCAUAGAUCCUUAGAAAUAUCCUGAUUUUCAAUAUUAUAUGCUAUAGAGCCCUUGAUUGAAAAUAAAUUUAAGUAUAUCCAAUUGGUUUCUUCCUGUCUCCACUAGAUAGAUGUUGAACAAAUAUGUAAAGAAAAUCCAUUUCGAGGUGUCUUCCUGGAGUGCCCACAGAUCUUGAUCCAGUUCUGGGGCCUUCUAUCUGUGGGAUACUGUAGGAAGGGUGGAUUUGGGGAAGAAGGUGAUGUGUUCAGUUUUGGGUAUGCUGAGAUUGAGGGGCCUACAGGCAGGGCUGAUAUUAAAAGCAUUUAACAACCAAGAGAUACAGACAGGGAUUAGUCAGGAUGGCUGCCUGACUGGUUCAAACAGACACCACCAAUAAACAUUUGGUGAGGCUGUACCUGUGUAGACUGACUAAAAAUUGACCCUACCCAUAGGACAUCCAGGUAGGACAUUGGCACUAUGGAGCCAGAAGUCAGAAGCAAAGUUGGGCUGGUGGGUAGAUAAUGUUUACCCAAUCCUUAGGGAUUGAUUGGCUUGGCAUGAAAGGGAUAUGGAUAAAACCUGGGGACAAGCGAGGAAGGGAAAUGAGUGAGAAGGAGUGGGCAAACAGGUGAGAAGAGAACCAAAAUCAAAUAGUGUCCCAGGAAUCAAGAAUUUUAAGGAUGGAAUGAAUGGUGAACAAGAGAACAAAGGUCUAUAAACUUGGCAGCUUAAAAGUGGUGAAUAUGAAGGAAAUGGAUGAAUAGAUUUGUGUCUGUAACGAGGGCAGACAAGUUCUCUAGCAGCGUUUUAGGUAGUUUUCUCUCUCAUCAUAAAGGUAUAUCACACUUAUACACUGUGUAGGAAAUAAAGGUGGUGAAUUUCAGCCUUCUGGAACAUGUGACCCAAAUACCUGGGACAGCUGAGAAUGACAGUCCCAGAGGUGUGCCCACAACACCCGCAUCCUGGGUGUCACAGGGAUACUGCUCACUUAGAGAGGUGGUGCUGGCUUUGGGCUGCAAAGAGUAGCACCCGGGAGAAACCUCCCCACCGAGGCUGCCUCUCUGCAUCUGUGGUAGGGGGAAUCUCAACGUGGAUAAAGAGAAAUGGCAAUUAACUAGACUUUUCCUUAAUCAUUUUCCCCUCACACCAAAACCAUUUGAACACACACCCUCUGACAGCCCACUUCAACUCUCAAUACUAGACAGAUUCCUCCCUUUGAAAGGAUUCAGACAGAUGGAAGGGUUUGGUAGGAAGGUAGGAAAGAUGGAAAAUCAGGAACAAUGAUUGAGUAGUUCCAGAGGAGGGGAACAGAGUUACUUUGGGAAACCAACAAAAUCAUUUCAAAGUGAUUUUGCUCACUGGACAAAAGUAUAAUAGAAAAUGCAAUGAAAAGAAGAAUGUUGCUUUCAUGCUUUUGUUUUUCUCCAUCCCAUCACUCAGCUACGUGGUGAUUGACUCAGACUCUGAUAAUGAAGACGUCCCUGUGAAAAAGAAACCUAAGAUAGGUGAAAUGAGACGCAAAGGUGAGAGUCAGGAAGUGUCUGAUACUAAGAAGCAGCUAACCGAGGAGCCUCCAAUAGUUAUCAGUGAUGAUGAUGAUGAUUUGGAGAAACCUGCGGUGAUAGAUAAUUCGUGUGAUCAGGACAAAACUGCCAAAAUUGAGGAAAAGGAUGAGUGUGCCGUCCUCCAGCACAAGUUCUCUUCUGCAGCUGGUAAUCAGAGUCUUCAGAAAAAUCUCUGCCAGCUGCCAAAUGAUGAUCCUAAAGAUAAACUAGAGAUUUUAGACGGAAAGUUGUCAACUAAUGAAGAUCCUAUACCUGUGGUGGAACAACCACGGAAAAGGAAAAAUAAAACCAAAAACAUAACUGUGCCACCUGCUGUUAAAGAACGGAAGACGCGUAAGCCUUCAAAGAAGAAACCCAAGACAGUGAAAUCUGAAAAACCGGAGCCUGGGAAUUCUCAGUGCAAAAUACCUGGAUGUUUCUUACAUGGCCUUGAAAACUUAAAGGAGUAUUCUGGAAGGAAUUACAAACGCAAUAAGGAUGAACUGAUUCAGAAAAUCUAUGCUCUGCUUAACAGAUCUGUCUUUGAUCAAAAGUUGCCGGAGAAAAUCGACAUUGUCUGGAAUAAUAAGAUGCUGAGAACUGCUGGCUUAUGCACCACUAGCAAGCUUCGAUACCCUAAGAGAGAGCGUUAUGCUAAGAUUCAGAUUUCUCUGAAAGUCUGCGACUCUGCAGACCGACUCCGAGACACUUUGAUCCAUGAGUUAUGCCAUGCAGCCUCCUGGCUGCUCGAUGGCAUCUGUGAUUCUCAUGGUGACAUGUGGAGAUAUUAUGCCCGAAAAUCAAAUAUGGUGCACCCGGAGUUGCCCAAGGUCACCCGUUGCCAUAACUACAAGAUUAACUACAAGAUUCAUUACGAGUGUACUCAGUGCAAAUACAGGGUCGGGCGCUAUAGCAAAUCAUUGGAUACCUCCCGCCUCAUCUGUGCCAAGUGCAAGGGCUCUCUGGUCAUGUUGCCACUAACUCGGAAAGAUGGAACCCCCAUUAAGCCCCACGUGAGGCCAUUUGCCAAAUUUGUACAGGAGAAUUACAGAAAGGUCAAGAGGGAGACAGAAGGGAUAACUCAUGGGGAUGUGAUGAGAAAGCUCAGCAAGGAUUUUUUUGCCAAGAAACAAAGUCAGGGUAUUUGACGUUAUCUGAGAAGGUAUUUGUGUAAGAUGAGUCAUCUUUGGCUUCAUCUAUUAGUAAGGAGUUUUAAGAAGAUAUAUUUGAUGCUGUGAAACUAUGAAUAUUAGAAUUUAAAUUCUUUGAAAAACGCUUCCUGUUGUUAAUGAUGAUUGUGCUUCACCAAGGGUUCUGUUGCUAACCAUUUUGUGCUGAUACUCAAGAGCCCUUUGGAUCUACCUUGGGUCUUAUAUACUAUUCUUAACAUGUAGAACAAAAUGCAAACUUGUAGAACAAAAUGCAAAACAUGUAGAACGAAAUGCAAAAGAGAAAUAAGUUUUUGAGAGUGGCAGGUUGAGAGGAGAGACAUGCUGCAAAGAGAACAUGUUUUAAAGUCAGUAUUUCAAAACCAAGGCUUCUGUCUGAUGGAACGUGUUACACCUACAUAGAAAUAAGAGAAAUGUGCUUCACGAAUUGAGUUGCUCUUGACAUUGUAUGAAGUCAUCUGAACCAAUGUAUUUGUUCCUAAAAUAAAGAAGAAGCCACCUAAGCAGUGUAAUUGUUCAUGGAAUAAAAAUAAAUGUUUUUUUGCUGUUUA